CCAAAAACCACCGAUACCACACAUUUUGACUCUACAUUGUACAAUCUCCUGUGUAAAAUCUUGGACCCUGAUUCUAUCUCUUCAACUUUGAGCGCCACUGCCCUAUCCACAUCACACUUCUCGCAAAGAUGUCUGUGGUCUCGCUUUUGGGCGUCAAGAUCAUGAAUAACCCUGCACCGUUUACCGCUCCAUAUGAAUUCGAGAUCACAUUUGAGUGCCUUGAGCAACUUCGAGAAGAUCUAGAAUGGAAACUCACCUAUGUCGGCUCUGCAACAUCUGCAGAACAUGAUCAAGAACUCGACUCACUUCUCGUUGGACCAAUCCCCAUCGGCGUGAACAAGUUCAUCUUCGAAGCCGAUCCACCAAAUCUCACACGUCUACCCUCGUCAGAAAUUAUUGGUGUCACAGUCAUUCUUCUCACCUGCUCCUACGAUGGUCGAGAGUUUGUCCGUGUUGGCUACUACGUCAACAACGAGUACGACAGUGAAGAGUUGAACAACGACCCGCCCGCGAAGCCCAUCAUAGAGCGUGUGCGACGGAACAUUUUGGCGGAGAAACCUAGAGUGACUCGAUUCGCGAUCAAAUGGGAUUCUGAAGAAUCAGCACCUGCUGAAUACCCACCAGAUCAACCCGAGGCCGACACCCUCGACGACGAUGGAACAGCGUACGGUGCAGAAGAGGCGGAGAUGCAAGCCGCACUAGAGAAAGAGCUCGAGGAGACUGAGACCGCCGCACAAGACACACAAAAAGACGGUGAUCAAGAGACGGUCGAGACGAAAGAAAAGGAAGAAGACGAGGAGAGCGAAGCCGGCAGCGAGGAUCUCGAAGAAGAGAGCAGCGAAUCCGAGGACGACGAGGAAGACGAGGAAGGCGCCGAGGCCGAAGACACGGAAAUGGCUGACGGUGAGGAUAAGGCCCCUGCUGCCAACGACACAAACGGUGAACAGAAGUCGGCCGACUCUCACCCUGAAGUCAUGGUUCAUUAGACCCGAUGUUGUUUCUUGAAUCUCAGCAAGGCGUCUGGAGUCGAACAAAGCUGACUUGAUGGAUUUGAUGUAAACAUGGCACUGGAUGAAACAAGAAGACAAAGUAAUGAUUUUUUUCCCUUCCUCGAUGAGUCGUUAUUGUUUUUUGAAGAUGAGCAUUGAACCCAGCG